GAUUCUCCUCAACCAAUGAAUGAUGAACGACAGAGAGUUAAAGACCGACACAAAACCAGCAUGAAGAACAAGUAUGAGAGAUUAUUUGAGGGAAACAAACUCCAAGUGAAUGAAACCCUCCUGAACAGGAUCUACACACAGCUCUACAUCAUAGAGGGAGAGAGUGAAAGAGUGAAUGAAGAACAUGAGGUUUUACAGAUAGAGAAAACAACCAGAACACAACACUCACAAGACACUCCAAUCUACUGCAAUGACAUCUUUAAAGCCUCACCUGAACCAGGAUGUGAGGAGAAACACCAGAUCAAGACUGUUCUUACUAAAGGAAUCGCUGGAAUCGGAAAAACCGUCUCUGUGCAGAAGUUCAUUCUGGACUGGGCCGAGGGGAAAGCCAAUCAGGAUGUAGAUUUCAUGUUUGUGCUUCCAUUUCGAGAGCUGAACUUGAUCCAAGAUCAUCAGUACAGUCUUCACAGACUUCUUCUGGACUUUCAUCCUGAACUUCAAGAUCUGGACUCAAAGAUUUAUGAGGAGUGUAAAGUUGUGUUCAUCUUUGAUGGUCUGGAUGAAAGCAGAAUGACACUAAUGUUUUUAGACGCUCAGAAAGUGUCUGAUGUAACUGAGACUUCAUCAGUGGAUGUGUUGAUGUCAAAGGUCAUGAAAGGAGAGCUGCUUCCCUCUGCUCUCAUCUGGAUCACCUCCAGACCAGCAGCAGCCAAUCAAAUCCCCUCUGAAUACAUCCACCGUCUGACAGAGAUUCAGGGAUUCAAUGAGCCUCAGAAGGAGGAAUAUUUCAGGAAGAGAAUCAGUGACGAGCAUCAAGCCAGCAGAAUCAUCUCACACAUCAGAAGAGCAAGAAGCCUCCACAUCAUGUGCCACAUACCCGUCUUCUGCUGGAUCUCAUCCACUGUGCUUCAAAAGCUCCUGAAAGAAGAUCUGAGUGCAGAAAUCCCUCAAACUCUGACUGAAAUGUACAUCCACUUCCUGCUGAUUCAGAUCAACAUGAGGAAUCAGAAGUAUGAAGAGAGAGAUCCAGAGAAACUCCUGCAGUCCAACAGAGAAGUGAUUGUGAAACUUGCUGAAGUGGCUUUCAGUCAGCUGAUGAAGGGCAAUGUGAUGUUCUAUGAGGAGGACCUGAGAGAGAGCGGCAUAGACAUCACUGACGCCUCAGUGUAUUCUGGGAUUUGCACUGAGAUCUUUAAGGAGGAAUCUGUGAUUCAUCAGAGGAAAGUCUACAGCUUCAUUCAUCUGAGUGUUCAGGAGUUUCUUGCUGCUUUCUAUUUGUUUUACUCACAUGUGGUUAAGAACAAGGAACCACUGCAUGAAUUCAGAUUUUACAGAUCUGAUAAAGAGUCCCUGUAUGAUCUACUAACAUCAGCAGUAGAUAAAGCCCUUGAGAGCAAGAAUGGACAGCUGGAUCUGUUCCUGCGGUUCCUGCUGGGCGUCUCACUGGAGUCCAAUCAGAGACUCUUACAGGAUCUACUGACACACACAGAGAAAAGCUCAGAGAACAUCAGGAGAACCACAGGGUACAUUCAAAAGAAGAUCAAAGAUGGACGUGAACUCUCAGCUGAUCAAUCCAUCAAUCUGUUCCUCUGUCUGCUUGAAGUGAAAGAUCAAACUCUGUCCAGAGAGAUUCAGGAGUUUGUGAAAUCAGACAAACACUCAGAGAAGAAACUCUCUCCUUCUCACUGCUCAACAAUUGCCUACAUGCUCGAGAUAUCAGAGGAGGUGCUGGAUGAGCUGAACCUCAAGAAAUACAACACAUCAGAUGAGGGUAGAAGAAGACUGAUACCAGCUGUGAUCAACUGCAGAAAAGCUCUUCUUUCUGCCUGUAAUCUCACCUUUUGGUGUUGUGAGAGUUUGUCAUCGGCUCUUCAAUCUUCAAACUGUGUCCUGAGAGAGCUGUACCUGAGUUACAAUAACCUUCAGGAUUCAGCAGUGAAGCUGCUCUCUGAUGGACUGAAGAGUCCACACUGUCAGCUGCAGAUACUGAGUCUUACUCACUGUAAUCUCACUAGUCAGUGUUGUGAGAGUUUCUCAUCAGUUCUACAAUCUUCAAACUGUGUCUUGAGAGAGCUGGACCUGAGUAACAAUGACCUACAGGAUUCCGGAGUGAAGGUUCUUUCUGAUGGACUGAAGAGUCCAAACUGUCAGCUGAAGAUACUGAGGUUGUCUGGCUGUAUGGUGACAGAGGAAGGCUGUGGUUUUGUGUCUUCAGCUCUGAGUUCAAACCCCUCACACCUGAGAGAGCUGGAUCUGAGCUACAAUCACCCAGGAGAUUCUGGAGUCAAGCUGCUUUUGGACAAACUGAAGGAUCCAAACUGCUCACUGCAGAUACUCAAUGUGGAUCAUGGAGGAGAGAUCAGGAUCACAGCAGGACUACGAAAGUGGGCCUGUGAUCUCACACUGGAUCCAAACACAGCAGACACUCGUCUCAUUCUGUCUGAGGAGAACAGGAAGGUGACGCGUGUGAAAGAGGAUCAGCCAUAUCCUGAUCAUCCAGAGAGAUUUGAUGAGUAUCCUCAGGUUCUGUGUGGAGAGAGUCUGACUGGACGCUGUUACUGGGAGGCUGAAUGGAGCAGAUGUGCUGUUAUAUCAGUGACAUAUAAAGGAAUCAGCAGGAAAGGAGAAAGGCAUGACUGUGUGUUUGGAUUAAAUGACAAAUCCUGGAGUCUGAACUGCUCUGAUAAAAGAUUCACUGUCCAUCACAAUAAGAACAGGACUGUUAUAUCUGCCAUCCGUUUAUCCUCUAAGAGAGUAGGAGCAUAUGUGGACGUGUCGGCCGGCACUCUGUCCUUCUACAGCAUCUCUGACACACACACACUCACACACUUACACACAUUCUACACCACAUUCACUGAACCCCUCUAUGCUGGAUUUAGGCUUUAUUAUGAUUCUUCAGUGUCUCUGUGUCAGAUUAAAUAACACACACACACACUUGUAAAUCCUCUAACAUCCACAUGCACACAGAGUUAUCAAAUCUCACAUAGUUACAGUUUUAUUAAUACAUUUUUAAUUAAUGUUUUUUUCAUCAUUAUGUAAAAGUUAUCUACUUUGUCUGGUGUAUAGAUAUUGAUCAACACAGCUCAAGCCCACAUCAUCUAGGUUUUCUGUGGUCAGUAAUCAAGCUCAUGUUGAAUAUUAUACUGAUCAUCACAUGUACAAUCCAUCCAUCAUCCCCUGAGCUUA